UUGUAUUUGGAUUGGCGGAUUAACAAUUGCCUUCGUGCCUUGUGGACUCCAAUAGCAGCUGAAUCCAUCUUUGUGAGGAUUGACAAUUCAUCAUUGGCUGAUUUGUCACACUUGUGGUUCCAGUUGGCAGAUUUAAUUAAUACAAGGCACAUUUUUGCCUUGGAAUAGGUGAGUACCUUUCCAAGUGAUUACUUUCAAUCCGUCGGGUCUACCGUGGUGUCUAUAUUCCCAGAUCCACCAACUGCGGUUUGCAUCAUCGUGCUCAGCAACCUUCAUCGUCACCAACCGAUCAAAGAUGGCCACGGAGCAGCAAUUACGUCACCGCAGGAGCACUAUACUCGCAUCACUGGGUCGGGCAGAGGCCUUUGUAGCUGAUUACUUGGCCGAACGGGACCAGAUCCAAGUACCAUUGAGGAUUAGCCAUGUGGACAACAUUUGGGCAUCUUUAGAAGCAGUACAAGUUGCGCUUGAAGAUAUCACCACAACGGACGAAGGUAGGGCAGAGCAUGCGAGUUUUCGUGCAGAAGUCGAACCGCGCCUGUUUGCAAUAAAGUCCAGCUUGGUUUCAAAAUUACCGCCUCCUAUUUCUCAUAACGCUCGCAAUCCUUGUUCCACCCACUCUGCUCUAUCUGGAAUGAAAUUACCGACAAUUUCGCUACCUGAAUUUGAUGGGGACUACCAGCACUGGCUCACGUUUCAUGACACCUUCAUGGCUCUCAUACACUCGAACACUGAAGUACCUGAUAUCCAGAAGUUUCACUACCUGCGAGCAGCAGUCAAAGGGGAAGCUGCACAAGUAAUAGAGUCGAUUUCCAUCAGCUCCGCAAAUUAUGAUCUCGCUUGGGAAGCUCUGAAGGGACGUUACUCAAACGAAUACCUAUUGAAAAAGCGACAUCUUCAAGCACUUUUUGAUGUUCCUCGAAUGAAGAAGGAGUCAGCAGCUACUCUCCAUAGUUUGGUCGACGAGUUUGAGCGGCAUACAAAAAUCCUACACCAGUUAGGGGAACCUACAGAUUCAUGGAGUACCAUUUUAGAGCACCUUCUUUGCACUCGACUUCAUGAAGACACUCUCAAGGCAUGGGAGGAUCAUGCGUCUACAGUCAAGGAUCCGAAUUACAGCUGUAUCAUCGAGUUUCUGCAACGAAGAAUCCGAGUUUUGGAAUCCAUUUCCGUUAAUCACCAUGCAACAGUAAGUUCCGUUCCUCCUCCGUCGUCUACAUCGAAAAAGCAGCAGAUUGCUCACCUUUCAUCGUACCCGUCCACUGCAAGCAUAUCAAAACGCUGUCUCGUGUGCAAUCAACCACAUAUGUUGGCACAAUGCUUUAAAUUCCAGCGUCUUCCACUUCCAGAACGUCAGCAGAUUGUAGACACGAAGCGCCUAUGCUUCAACUGCCUGAAAUCCGAUCAUUCUUGGCGCAACUGCCGUUCGGAGGUGAAUUGUAGGCAUUGUAAUCGACGGCAUCACACCCUUCUACAUUCCUUCGUUGAUGAUUCUGUCCGUGCAACAUCGAUUGAACAUGCCACUACUUCAUUGGAAGCUUCGAGCAAUCAGUCCAGUUCAUCUUUAGCAACAGAAACGCCUGAACACUCCUUAAUAACUGCAGCAGAACCCAGUACAGUAGUCGAAACCAGCGUUCCUUUAUGGCACAGGCGGGAGAACGUGUUUUUAUUGACCGUAGUUGUGCACAUCGUGGACGCGUUUGGGCAAGAGCAUCCUGCGCGUGCUUUGCUGGACAGUGCCUCACAACCCAACCUUAUCACUGAGCGGCUAGCAAACGUCCUGCGUUUGAGGCGCAGUAAUGUAAAUAUUACGGUACAGGGAGCCGGUAGGAUGUCCAAACCGGUGCGACAGUCAGUCUACACGGAGGUCAGAUCUCGAAACCAGCAGUUUUCGUGCGGUGUGAAUUUCCUAUUGAUGGAUAAAGUGACAGCAGACCUCCCUUCUCAGAAUAUUUCCACAACAGAAUGGAAUAUUCCAAGGGAUUUAAUCUUAGCCGAUCCUUCGUUCAACAAGGCACAUCCGAUCGAUAUUGUUCUCGGAGCAAAGCACUUCUACUCCUUCUUCCCCAGCUCUGCGCGCCUGCAGUUGGCCGACAAUCUUCCGGUUCUUGUUGACAGCGUAUUUGGUUGGAUUGUCGCUGGCUCGUCAACACUCCUUCAGUCUGAAAUGGCAUCAAGUACUCCUGUUUCUGGUUUGGUAGCCAUUUCGAUGGUGUCACUAGAAGAAAGCAUCGAGAGAUUUUGGAAAAGCGAAGAACUCGUGCUCAACGACGGCUAUUCCGUAGAGGAAAGAUAUUGUGAAUCGAUGUACCAGUCCACCGUGAAACGAAAUCAAGAAGGUCGCUACGUUGUUUCCAUGCCACGUCAACUGAAUUUCUCAUCCCUACUCGGUUCAUCAAAAAGUAAUGCUUUGCAUCGAUUCGAAUUACUGGAAAAGCGAUUGGAACGGAAUCCAAGUCUUAAGGCAGACUACCAUGCCUUCAUGCAGGAAUAUAUUGACCUUGGUCACAUGCGCGAGGUAGAAUCAAACGAUGAAGAACCGCCCUGUGUGUUUUACUUACCACACCAUCCAGUUUUCAAAUAUUCCAGCAAGACGACGAAGAUACGAGUCGUAUUUGACGGUUCAGCGAAGACUUCUACCGGGCAUUCGCUUAAUGAAGCACUUUGCGUAGGACCUGUGGUGCAAGAUGACCUUCUGGACAUUAUGACUCGUUUCCGCACGUAUAUUGUAGCACUAGUCGGGGAUAUUGCGAAAAUGUACCGCCAGAUUUUGCUCCAUCCUGACGAUAGAUCACUUCGACACGCACACUUCUUCAGCUUGCAGAAGACGAAGGUUACCAUUACCCUCUUGGUGGUCCAGCAUUACGAAAAAACUUUUACGUAGAUGAUUUCAUCGGAGGAGCACACACCAUACAAGAAGCCAUCCGUCUACGAUCCGAGAUGUGUGAGCUGUUGGCCAAGGGAGGGUUCGAAUUGAGAAAAUGGACAUCCAAUCGAAUUGAAGUACUUCAUGAUCU